AUGGCUUUAUUAUCUUCUAGAAAUUCAGAAUCUUCUUCAUCGAUUUCUUCUGUUUCAACUUUUAAAUUAUUAGGUAAAAAAUUAUUAAAUAAUGGUAAAAGUUUCGAUGAGUCAAUGCAUAGAAACUCCGCUAAAAAAAUUAUUCCAUCAAACGCAACCAAAAAAUUAUUGAAGAGAAACACUGCUCCUUCGAAUUUAUCUUCUACCAAGAGAACUCUUCAACAUAGUCAAAAGGUGUCUUCGUCUUCAAAAUCAAAAUCAUUAAUUUCAUCAUCAUCGGCAACAUCUUCUGAUUCAGAUUCUCCUCAAUUAUCAACUAAAUUGACUAGUGUAGAUACAUCACCUAAACCAAUGGUAUAUAAUCCGUAUGGUACACAACCAUACCUACCUACCAAUAGUAAUUCCAGAAAUAGUUCAAGUCGGACCAGUAAUUACAACAAUAACAACAACAAUAAUUAUAGCAGCUCUGGUGGCGCUACUAAUAGUAAUAGUAGUGGUAUUCGUGAUGCAUCCUACUAUUUACAUGAUGGUUCUACAAGAAUUCGUGUCCUGCCAUUACCAAUUGAAAACCCUAAUGAUUUCUUACCGACAGAAAUGCAACAAGAGAGUGUUUAUCUUUUAGAUAAUUUCAAAUUUGAAGGAGAUCAUCAAGUUAUUGGUAAUGGUGGUACUUCUGAAGUGAAAAAAAUCAUUGUUUCACAAAAUGGCAAUACAAAUACAACAACCAAUACUCCUACAGUCACUAGCCACUCUGCUAUAUAUGCAUUCAAGAAAUUGAAUAUGAUUUAUAAUGAGGAUAAAGAUGCUUAUUAUAAGAGAUGUUCUAAAGAAUAUAUCAUUGCCAAAUAUUUGAAUUCUAUUGACAAACAUAAGGAUCCUCAUGGAGUUCAUAUUAUUGGAGUUUACGAUUUAUGUAAAGUUCCAACAACCACUUUUAUUGCACGUGGCUGGGGCUAUGUAAUGGAAUUAGGCCAAUGUGAUCUUUUCAGUCUAAUAACAAAACCAGGAUGGAGAAAUGUUGACUUAAAUGAAAAAUAUUGCAUCUUUAAACAAGUUUGUCAUGGCGUGAAAUUUAUGCAUGAUCAUGGUAUUGCACAUCGUGAUUUAAAACCUGAAAAUGUUUUGAUUUGUUCGGGUGGGAUAUGUAAAAUUACAGAUUUUGGUAUCUCUAAUUGGUAUCAUGAAACACCAAAGGAUUUUACCACACCAAUCAAACUUUGUAAAGGUAUGAUUGGAUCUCCACCAUACACAUCGCCAGAGGUCAUGAUGUGGGAUAGUAAGAAGGAUUACCCAGAGAGAUUGCAAUUAGCCUUUGAUCCUUUAAAAUUGGAUUGUUAUUCGUUGGGGAUUCUCUUGUAUACAUUAGUGAAUAACAUGAUACCGUUUGUUGAAUCAUGUAAUAAGGAUUCUAGGUUUAGAGACUAUGUGAACGGGUAUGAAAACUAUAUUCAUUAUAAUCAUUCAAGUUUCAGAACACCGAUCGAGAAAUUGACACAUAAAGUAAGUUAUUAUAGGAAAGGUCCCGGUAUUGAAUAUAAUUUUGCGAAGGGCUUUAGGGAUCCGGCAGUGUCUCGUGUCGCAUGGAGAUUAGCUGAUCCUCAACCGCAUACAAGAUAUACGAUGCAAGAAUUAUGGGACGAUCCAUGGUUUCAAAACAUUGCGACUUGUGUCGAUACAACAACGUUUGGUAUUGAGGAAUAUAUUUCAAAGGACCCACAAGAGAUUAUCAAUAAGAAGAGACGGGCGCAAUCACCACCGUUAUCAUUACAAAGCGAUGCAAAGAAAGAGAGCUCGAUAGAGCCAAGAGGCAAAGAGGAUCUAUCCCCAGUGAACGAGUUAGCAGAAGAAGAGGACAUGAUUGUUCAAAACAUGGAUGUCGUACAAGAACAAAAUGAAGAUAUACCUAUAUCGUCAUUGCAAAAGCCUCCGUUAGAGACGAUACUAAGUGGAGUAGAGGUUCUAGCCAGAUCCUCUACUUCGAGCACUACCAUCAACAACAACAGCAAUAAUAACAUUGAAAUCAACAAUACUAUUAAUAGCAAGAUCAUGACUCCUACCAAAGCAACCGAAGUGGCUAUGGACUCUAUUCCAUCGCCAGCACCGACACCCACAACAUCGCCAAUACAUACACGUAAGAGAGUAAUACAUCAUCAUACAUCUGUUACGAAUAACCGAACUACAAGCUUCAGCGGGAGUACAAGAACAAGGUCAUCUGCUUCAUUAUAUCAUUCACAUCAUUCUCCUUUGGUCACGUCUUCUGGAGGCUCAAUACCAUACUUAUCUCGUAAAUAA